GAACCCAUAUCGCGGCACAGCUCGAGAUGAAGCCUCGAACGUCACACGCUACGUCAUUACGCUACGUCAUUUCGCCUACGUGAAGCCUACUCGAUAGGGAGCUCCGUUGGGGGGAGGAGCCGAGGUACUCGACACGCGCCCCUAUGCCUCGACGCAAACCAUAACUUCACUACAUAUAGUAAGUUUCACCGACGACUGCUUCCUCAACUUGGUCCAAUACAAAGCUGGACUUGCGGAACGUCUGGAAAUGGAGUCCGGUUCAGUACCAACACUCCUCGGCUCAGCUACAAACCUCGGACAGCAGCAGACCCCAGACACCAUUUCAAUCAAGGUUGAAGAGGAUAUUGGUGGAGGCAUGCCCGCUGUAGAAGACUGCGAUGCCUUUGGAGACCGUAGCACGCAGCGCGGGGCCACCUCAGAGAGUCUGGGUGUGGACAGCCCUGGCUCCUCCCACCUGGCCAGACACAGGGAGGAGCUGAAGAUUCUGAUCAUCCAUGAAAAAGGGGAGGGUAGACUGGCGAUAGACGGCCAUGACACCCUCUUCACCGCGUCAGAAGUGGAGGCCCUGAACUCGCUGUCUGCGGACCACAGCGCGGCCAAGAGCCUGGAGCGCGGCGAGCGGCUGGUCUGCCACGAGGAGCUGAGUGUGCAGCUUUGGCCAUUUACAACGGUGAAAACAACGAAGAAAACCAAAUAUUAUACUCAUGAAGAAGCCCUCACGUUGAUUUUGGCUUCAUCCGAGGACAGCGAAGACAGCCAAUAUGACUCUGAGAGAGAGGAGAUGUUCGAACAACAAUUAGACGACGUCUUAGAUCGGUCAAUGUCUGAGGACAGUGAUGCAGAUUGGGAGCCGCAAAGCCAGACAGGCAGACCCCCGGCCCCCACUCCUACUGAAGGUGGUCGUCAGAAGCGUCAGAGAUCGCACUCUGCAGCCACCAGUGCUACCUCCCCCGCUGCGUCGUCCACCGCCACACCAACGACUGGCCGUUCCCGUGCUGCACGACGUGUCCGGGGGAGGGGCAGGAGAGGAGGAUACCGAGGAGCCUCUCGAGGACCCUCUCGAGCACCCAGCGCCGCCACAGGGGAACAACAGUGGCGUGAUGUGGGGGAUCACGACGUCGAGCCUGCCCUCCUUGACUUCGUGCCGGUGAGACAGCCUGGACCACAGCAGCAGACCAGAGUGGCAACCAGUCCACUCGAGUUUUUCAGACUGUUCUUUACCGACGCUGUGCUCAACACUUUGACGGCGAACACCAACGCCUACGGAGCCAAGAGGCACGACGGAAAGCAAGUGGUCUGGCACAACAUCUGCAGAGCGGACAUUUACUCCUACCUCGCCAUGGUGAUCUACAUGGGGAUGGUCAAAUGCUCCACGCUGCUGGACUACUGGAGAGGGUCCCGUCUCUACAGCCUUAUAUUCCCCCCCUCUGUGAUAUCCCGAAACAAGUUCCUGAGGAUUUCCCGGGCUCUCCACAUGAGCGACAUCACAGCAGACGAGGAGAACGUGGCUAAGAGGGGGACGCCGGCUUACGACCGCCUGUGCAAGAUCAAGCCCCUUUACAGCCACAUCGUCGAAGCCUGCAAAGCCCACUUCCAGCCGGGGCGACACAUCUCUAUCGACGAAAGGAUGGUUGCAUCCAAGGCCAGAAUCUCCCUAAAACAAUACAUCAAGAGCAAGCCCACUAAGUGGGGAUAUAAGCUGUUUGUUUUGGCAGAUUCUGGCACUGGAUACACCUGGAAUUUCUUUGUGUAUGAGGGCAAGUCACCUGGUUAUGGAAAUGGGCUGAGCUAUGACUCCGUCAUGUCACUCUUGGACUUUGAUCUCCUUGGUACAGGUUAUCAACUUUACGUUGAUAACUUCUACACAAGCUCCCACCUUUUUCUGGACCUGUUGAAGAAGAAGAUGGGGGCUUGUGGUACCAUUCGUGCGAACCGGGUUGGUUUCCCCAAGACCACAAUCAAUGACUUCACAAGGGGCACUCCUCGGGGCGCCAUCAAGUGGAUCAGGGACAGUGAACUGCUUUUUGUGAAAUGGAUGGACACUAGAGAAGUGGUCAUGUGUUCCACCAUUCACAAGGCGUUCACCGGCGACACGGCCCAAAGGAGAGUGAAGACGGCUGGAGCGUGGGAGGUCGUCCAUGUCCCCAUUCCAGCAGCAGUCAAGGACUACAAUCAGCAUAUGGGGGGGGUGGACCUGUCGGACCCACUGAUUGGGUAUUACAGCGCUUCACAUAAGACGAUGAAAUGGUACAAGACAUUUUUUUACCAUUUUUUGGACAUUGCUAUUGUGAACGCUCACAUAUUGUACCAGCAGUGUCAGAGGGGAUCGAUGACUCAGAAGGAGUUUCGUCACGCCCUCAUCGAGGAGCUUGCGGACCUAGGAACACCAUCCACAUCCAGGCCAUCCACCUCACAGGUCGCUGCACCCCCAAACCCAGCAGCAUCCCACAAGCCGCAAUACUUGGAUGAACAGGAUGAGGCUAAGCGGGACUCUGCGGGCCGGGCCGGCAGACGGAUCUGCAAGCUGUGUCACAGAAAGACACCAGUCGGGUGUUCGACGUGUGGCGUUCCCUUGUGUUUUGUUGCCACAAGGGACUGUUAUAAUGAGUGGCACACACAACAAGGGAUGUAGAACGGCCCAAAGUGUCCUGACAGCGCACUGUACUGAUUUUGUGUGGUACUGUCUUGUCAUAUUUUCUUAUCAUAUUUUUUGUAUAUAGUUCACUCAUUUUUCAUAUUUUGUUAUUGGCACAAGUAGUAAUAGUAUAUUGCAGAAUAAUAAAAUCCUUGUUUGAAAUUCA